UCCCUCCACUCUUCUUCCCAAGCUCGUUCCAGCAGUCAAUCUACUCGUGCUUCGUUGCUGGACACUGUUUUUCUUUUUCUUUCGCCUCUUCUUCUGUGUCUGUCACUCUCUCGUUCAGUUGUCCCUUGUCGUCGUCGACAUAUCAUUCAGCACCACACCCACGAUAUCACUACCUCCUCCCCACCAACCAUGUCGAACGAUGGUGUGCGAAAACGAGGAGCGCCCCCAAAUCCGGCAACCGUUCGCCCUGUCGCCAACCCCAUGGACCAACGUGUGCUCACCCUGAACGAAAGAAUUUUAAACGACAUUUUCAACAUUUAUACGGAUAAGGAUGUCGGUCUGGUGAAGUUGGGAAAACUUGUGGGUAUUGAACUGCCAUAUCCACGGCGUAAAGUGACGGUUAUGAUUCUUGGAAAUCAUUCCGCUGGCAAGUCCAGUUUCAUCAAUUGGUAUAUUGAAGAGACUAUUUUGAAAACUGGAGUGGCAAUUGAAACACAAGGAUUCGCUUUUGUAACCAGUGGAAAAAAGAGGGAUACCUUAAAGGGUCCAGCAACUCUGCAGCUUUACCCUCAUUUGAAGCAACUCCAGGAAAUGCAGGGCGUAUUGGACUAUUUGACUACCGAAGUGAGCACUUCAAGAUCCCGGAAAUUUAAUCUCGUGGCCUUUGUGGAUACACCGGGGCUUGUAGACGGAGACAUGAACUAUCCUUUCGAUGUAAAUGAAACCCUCUUAUGGCUGGGAAAUAUGGCCGAUCUGGUUUUCGUCUUUUUCGACCCAAUGGGGCAAGCCUUGUGCAAGCGGACCCUCAACAUCCUUGAAUCUCUCUGGUCACCUUACAGUGAAAAGAUUCGUCUGUAUUUGGCCAAGGCGGAUGAGGCAGGAAGCGAAACUGAUCGUCAAAAGGUGCUGAUGCAAAUUGUUCAGGAGCUAUGCAAACGACCUGGACUUAAUAGAACUGGCUUCGACAUGCCCACUAUUUACCUGCCUGAUGCCUCUGGAAAGCCAAGUCGAUGUGCUAACCAAAUCACUGAUGUAUGUGAUGAAAUAGAGAAAGUCAUCGAGCAGACCGUUCAGAAUUCUUUGAACAACUUGGAACGAGACGCUAACCUGGUAAAGGAAAGAGUUAGUGUGUCAUUGGCAUUAGAUGCUGAAGCUCGAAAAAGGAAUUUUCGACGAAACAUUCGCAGAUUGGUCUUCAAUGUACUUGGCUUCAUCCUACCAUUUUUGCUAUUUACUGUUUUGGUAAUUGCUGAGACAUCGGCUGAAGGAAUGCGAAAGCACAUUGGACCUGGUGGAGAUUUGGUUUAUCACUUUUGUAAACCGCUUGCCAUUCUGUGGUCUGCUGUUCCGAAGUCUUACCAUUUACAUAUUGUUAUUGGGAUUGUUUGCCUUUCUGCAGCAUGUUUAAUGAUCCCUCGCUGUUUUCCAACGGAGAAAGUUGUUGCAAAUCGCGAACUAACGAAUCUAAAACUGGCUAUGAACGUUUUAGAGGAUAACUUGAAUCGCAAGAAAACCAUGUACUCGGAGUACUUACGACAGAGUGUUGCCGAGUCAGACUUCAUUGAAUAAUCAUGUCAUCUCUUCUAUUUUAUUUAUUCUUCCUUCUAUCUUGAACCUAGUUUGUAUGUUAGCAAAUCCACUUGUAAGAAUCAUUCUGUCAUAUUAUGAUAUUGUAAAAUUCCGAUUCCCUGUUUACACUUAUUCUAUUUAAUGUUUCUGCAUAUGAAUAUGUUUAUAAUGACAUUUAUUCCCAGUGGGAUCAGCUUCCUAUAAAAAUUGCUAUUAAUUGUUUUUUUUAACUAUUUUGCCUUGAUCGCGUAGAAACACGUGUAGCUAUCUGCUUAAUUCUUAAUUAAGUUAUUUCUCGAUUACUAUGUGGUCAACUUAAUCUGUGUCAAAUAAGCCUGAAUAACGACAUUUUCUUUAAUUAUUACAAUAUUACAUUUAUGUAAAUCCAAAAUAUCUUGGAAUAUUUCUAUAUGAGAGGAUUUCGUAGGAUGAUAUUAUAAAGCAUUUAUAUACCUGCUAAUCGCCAAAGAGUGAUAUUAUUGUGUUUUGAUAUGUACUACAUUACGUGCAAUCAUAGCAAUAAUUUUGUUAGAAUUGAUCUUUAAUAUUGAACUGAAAGUUGUAACACAAAAUGGUUGUGCAAAGUCUCGUCGCUUCCUAAUGUGUAAGCAAACCAGUGAUCAAAUACCAAAACACAGUUAACUAACAUUCCGAAUAGUGGUGAUUGAUGAUCUUUACCGUAAGAAACUAAAUCACAGAAACAAUUGUAUUAAAGACAAAUAUACUGUAAAACAUUUUUUAUUAAUAUUCAUAUCAUUAUAAUUUUGUAAGUUAAUGUUCACUGUAUUGGGACAUAUCAAUUUGUCAAAUGAAAUAAAUUAAAAAUGUGCCUUUAAAACAAA